AUGUUGAUUGGCAACGAAUCAAGUCGAUCUAUUGCAAAUGCAACCGGUCUUUCAAUUAGGACAAUACAAAGCUGGAUACGAAAGCUUGAAGCAGACCAAAAUAUAAUACCAAAAAAACGUGGCAGAGUUGCACGAAAUAAUAUUGAAAGAAAAAGAGAAAUCGAGUUAUUAAUUAAUGCAAAUAAUGCAUUAACUACUAUUGACAUUGCAGAGUUAAUGCCAGAAGAACGUAAAUGCUCGACAACUACAAUCAAAAGAGAAUUAAAACAAAUGGGAUAUACCCGUAAAAGGCUUAAAUCGAUUGUUGUUGCAAGAAAUUCAGCUCAAGUAAUAGCAACGAGGUUUAUGUUUGGCAAUCAUGUUUCUUUUCUGCGAAAUUCAGAUUUGGUCUAUAUUGAUGAAACCGGGUUCAAUCUGCAUGAUUCACGACAUUAUGGAUAUACAUUAUUAGUAAGCACCCCGUUUGUUACAGUGCCCACACAGAGAGGAAGAAAUGUUAGUCUAAUAUGCGCUAUUUCAGUUACAGGGUGUAUUGGAUUUAAACUAAAGAUUAGAGCCUUUAAUACCACUAGCAUGCACGACUGGAUAGAACAAGAUUUAAGACCAGUUUUAAGUGAUCGCAGAUAUGUUGUAGUAAUGGGUAAUGCGCGAUUCCACCAUUCAUCAAUAGUAGAAUCGGCAUUUCGUAAAAGUAAUUGUACUAUCCAGUUUUUACCACCUUACAGUCCUCAACUUAAUACUAUCGAGGUGUUUUUUGGCGUGGUUAAAAAUUUAUUUAAAGGAAUACAACCGCGGCCUAACAAUUCACAAGAAAUGAUUAGAAUUAUUACUGAGAUUUUAUCAGGUUUUACCGAAUAUUCUUUUGAGAAUUAUUAUUCUCACAUGCGUGAGUGGAUGUUAAAAGGAAUUCAACGUAAUGAAUUUAUUUGA